GAGAUAGGAUAACUGGAUAUGCGUGACACUCUGUGAGAGUGAGAGCUCUCUCCAACACCGAAAAUGGCUUCUGCAACUGCAAUCGUUUCCACACUCUGCGCUUCUUUCGGAACCCACUGCACCAUUUCCUCCACCUCCAAACCUCUAUUCUCUCAAUCUUCCACUUCUCGCUUCCCUUCUCAUUCCAACAAGCUCUCUUUACAACCACCCACGUUCACCCAGCGUUUUCCUCUCCUACCCCUCCCCAAGGUCUCAGAAUCUGCGGUUGCUGAGCCGGAGAUUGAUGUAACGACUCCUCAGCCUGAAGCUGGCGAAAUUGUCCCGGCGCAGCCUCCUUCUUGGGAACCGGGUCUCUUCGCUGUGGUCAUGGUUGGCGGGCGCCAAUAUAUUGUUCACCCCGGGCGCUGGAUUGUUGUUCAGAGGCUGAAAGGUGCUAAGGCUAACGACAAGAUUGCCCUACAGAAGGUUUUACUGGUUGGCACAGAUACAUCUUGCUACAUUGGGAAACCAAUAGUAUCAAAUGCUGUGGUAUAUGCUACGGUGGAAGAACAGGGUUUUGACCCCAAAGUAAUUGUCUUCAAAUAUAAACGAAAGAAGCAAUAUCGCAGAACUUAUGGGCACAAACAGCCACAUACACGUUUACGGAUAAACAGCAUUAUGGGCUAUGAGAACUAUCCUAAAGUUACGAUGGAUGAUGUCAAGUCAGAAGAAUGAACAUCUAAGUGCCAAUAUUGUAUCUUCUUCCAUCUUUUAUUAUAAGCAAUCGUUUUGCCUUUUUGCUUUGAUGAGGAAUGUAGUGGCUUAAAUUUUAAUCAAGCUAAUGUAUGACUUAGUACUCUGUUUCCUAAUACAUUGCUAUUUUUCCUGUCUGAA